CACUGUCUACUCCCCUUUAACUGGUGACGGCCCCUUUAAGGGUUAUGUAGAGAGAAGGGCUGAUGUAGGACGACUCCUCUGUUUGCGCUGCCAUCCUCAUCAUGGCCUCCAAACAACCGCCGCUGCAACCGAGAAUGAGCACGAGCAGACGAGCUGUUGGCCCUUUCCUUCCCCGCGCGGAGACCAACAACGUUAAGCCGAAACAGAGGCACCGGUAGAGGGGUGCGCGCCGGGGGAUCAAGCCUCCGAGCUCAUGCCACCCCGUUCUCCUCGAUGUCUUCGUCAAAAGCCACUUACACCCAUUUGACAAAGAGGGAUGCAAACCCGGGCGGCGGCAGAAACAUGAACACGAAUAGGGAUUAUUCUAUCAAUCUAUCCGUGCAGCAAGUGCUGAGCCUCUGGGUGCAAGGCACGACGCUGCAACAUUUCACAGAGAUGUGGUACUGGGUGUUCCUGUGGGGUCUUUUCUCCUCGCUCUUCGUCCACGGGGCAAUGGGCCUGCUCAUGUUAGUCAUGCUGCAGCGCCACAAGAGGGGUCGCCUCAUCACCCUGGUCCUGGUCAGCGUGGGCUUCCUGGCCUCCUUGGCCGGUGGGGUCAUCACCAGUGCGGCCGUGGCAGGGGUGUAUCGUGUGGCAGGGAAGGACAUGGCCCCUCUCCAGGCCCUGGUGUUUGGAGUGGGCCAGACCACACUCUCUGUAGUCAUCUCCUUCUCACGUAUACUGGCCACUCUCUGAAGAGAUGACUCUGCUACACGGACAGACUCACUGACGAACAGACACACAAAAGAGGAGAGAGGAAAGGGGAAGGGAGGGACAGGUCCGAUAGACCGGAGUUCACAUCCCACCAGUUACACAAGCAGAGACGGCAAUGGGUGGCAGUUAACUGCAUGUAGUAUUUGAAGGAAAACAAACAGAGUCAAAUAGAAGAAGAGAAGAAGAUGGUGUCCCAGUCCUAGACGUCUAGACAUUUGAGGAUGGAUGAAUGUGGAAGAGUGCCCCCUAGUGUCUCUGUUCAGCCACUGCUACGUUUGCUAGAGCUCCCUUUGCUUACAAGGGACCUCUCAAUGCAGACCUCACUUCUGUGUGUCAAAGACACACACUUCCUUGGGCUCUCCACCAGUUGGCGAUGUCCACAGACUCUGUCAAGUGUCAAGCCAGUGAAACCACAUCCUGAACUGAAAGCUAAUUUGAGGUUCUAUGUGCCGAUGUCCUCUGGGACUUCAGUGUUGUAAAGGGGAAUGCUUUCAUGGCCAUCUCUACAGACGGUUGAAGGCUUUCUGUUCUAUUUGUGU